AUGGAAUAAGAAAACUAAGCAUCAACAAAGCAGGAGAACAUUCCAGAAAGUAAUCAGAUUAUAUUCAAGAUUUUAGAUGCCAAUGAGAAUUGUCCUGGAGUAGGAACUCAGAGUGCUGGAAAGUCUGAGGCUUGUGCUGGUUGUCCUAAUCAAACAAUUUGCUCUACUGGAGAAGCAUAAAAAGAGGAUCCUGCUCUUGAAGAAAUAGCUGAAAAAUUAAAUUAAGUCAAGAAUGUCAUACUAGUUUUAUCUGGUAAGGGAGGUGUAGGAAAAUCAACUAUUUCAACUCAACUUGCACUCACACUUGCUUAAGAUGAGAAAAUUUAGGUCGGACUAUUAGACAUAGACAUUUGUGGACCAAGUGUUCCCAGAAUGCUUGGAUUAGAGGGCUAAGAAGUUCACCAAAGUAAUCAAGGUUGGUCUCCAGUCUACUUCGAAGAUAAUCUCGCAGUAAUGAGUAUUGGAUUCUUACUACCUUCAAAAGAUGAUGCUAUCAUCUGGAGAGGUCCAAGAAAAAAUGGUUUGAUUAAGCAAUUUUUGACAGACGUCAUUUGGGAAGAUUUGGAUUAUCUUAUCAUCGAUACACCUCCAGGCACUUCUGAUGAGCAUAUAAGUGUUGUUUAAUACCUCAAGAAAACGAAGGUUUUAGGGUCUAUAAUAGUAACAACUCCUUAAGAGGUUAGUUUAAGUGAUGUGAGAAAAGAAAUAAAUUUCUGCAAGAAAACUGAGUUACCAGUCAUUGGCGUCGUUGAGAAUAUGAGUGGAUUUGUCUGCCCAAAUUGCGAUUGUGAGAGCUAAAUAUUCCCACCAAUCACAGGUGGAGCAAGUAAGAUGUGUCAAGAUAUGAAUAUAAAGCUGCUUGCAUAAUUGCCACUUGAGCCUAAGAUUCUAUUAUCUUGCGAAGGAGGAAAAUGCUUUGCUAGUGAGCAUCCAGAUACAAAGUCUGCUAGAAUUUUCCAAGAUAUUGUCAAGCAAGUCAAGGAAGUAGCUAGAAAAUGA